AGCGCCGCCGGCUGCCGGCCCGCGGGCCUCAGCGCCGCCAUUUCGGGCGGCAGCGCCCGCCCAGCCGCGGGGCGGAGCCGGCCCGGGCCCGGCCCGUCGGCGCCGGCGGGAGGGCGGGCCCCGGUCUGCCGCCGCCCCGCCGUCUCCGCUCGGCCUGGGCCCGGCGCAGGGCCGCUGGCGGGCGGGGAGAGCGCGGGGCGCGCCAUGGCGCUGGGCUCGGCCUGGAAGCGGAUGUCGUGGCUGUACUACCAGUACCUGCUGGUCACCGCGCUCUACAUGCUGGAGCCCUGGGAGCGCACCGUCUUCAAUUCCAUGCUAGUUUCCAUUGUUGGAAUGGCACUGUACACAGGCUAUGUGUUCAUGCCUCAGCACAUCAUGGCAAUAUUGCACUACUUUGAAAUUGUGCAGUGAUGAAGAACGUAUUUUCAAGAAGGAAUCGGGCUCUGAAAUCUGGUCUACAAAGAAGAAUGAACCUCUUAGUUUUAACAAGACUUCUACUGAUGUCAGAAGGACACAAUUAUGACUCUGAAGACUAGGAAAUGAGAUAUGUAGAGCAGGGACGUGAGAUGUCCCCUAUGUUGUGUUCAUUCCUUUUAAUUUUACAAGAUAUGCCCUUGUAUAGUAGUUUUGUCUACUUUAACAUUGUGAUUGUACUUUGAUAUCAGUAUUUUCUUAACUUUGUGACAGUUUCAAUAUUGCACUGUGAAAGCUUUUCUUAAUUGUAAUUUUGAGUAAAUCUUAAUUGCCUUCUAUUUUUAAUCGGAAAUUCAUCUUAUUAAACGGGGCUUAAAGCUUUUGCUAUUGUAUGGUAUGUAUUUGCCUGGAUAUUUCUAUUAAUGCGUUUUGUAAGAAAAUACAUCUAGAUUCAUAUUAGAGACAUGGAUAUAUUCGUCUAAUGCUAUUUACAAAAGUUAGUUUGUAUGACUGAACUCAGGUGUACUGUUUGCUGUCCAAACUUUGUUCAACAGUAUAUUUGUGUGUAUCACCUAGAUUUGGAAUUAGCAAUUACUUCAAGUUUCUGUAUUCCACCUGUUGGGGUGUUGAGGCAGAGUGAAGACUACAUUCGUUAUGUUAGGAGUAGUGCUGUGGUUCUGGGCUUUAUCUAGUGGGGGGAAAAAAAGACUUUUCUUUACUGACAUAGGCCCACAUAAGGCUUUGGGUUAGCACUUUAAAUCAACCCUGUUUUUCUAGCUACUAAUUCAAUUGUACUUUUACAGGAUGCUUUAUUAUGUUCCAGUGAUUAUGGUUUCUGCUAAUUUUCACUCAACAGUGUAACUAUGCCUAGGUUUUAAAGGGGUUUUCUAUUGCUGCUAGUGUUCCAAACAUGUUCUUGCUACAAAUGACCAAAACAUAGGGGGUUUAAAUGGACUUGAGUUACAACUACAGCAAUAAGUAGCUGAAUACUUGGCUGAAGUCCUGUCUUUUUUUUUUUUUUUUUUUAAUAGGGAUUUUUUUCAGUUUUGUAUUCUGAAAUGUAAGAUGGUGACAACUUAACUUUCCUAAGUGGAAGAUUUUUUUUGUUGUUGUUGUUUAAAAAAUAAAAUUUGAGAAGCAGA